CAGCACAGAGUCACAUAACGUAGAUAAGGAAAGUGAAGUACUAUACUUAAUGUAUUUCGUAAUUUCUAUCGAAGAUAUCUGUUGAAAUUGUAUGACAUGAAGACUGAAGAAAGUGGAAAGUGACGAACUUCAGGUUAUCGAGUCACGUAGUUUAGACGUUGAGGUUAGACAGUUCCAUUACUCCUGGAUUUCAUUCAACAUGGCGCCACCUGAGGGGGAAGAACGUCAUUCGAUGCUGGAGUAUAACCUAGCUGAUUAUGCAGAGGUGAUACAAGUUGAAAAUGUCUGUGAGGACAUUGAAAAUAACAAUACUCGAGAUAAAGACAACAAUUUCGACGAUAAUCGUGAUGUAAUACCAGUACACUAUUCAUCAAAUUCCAAAGGUAUUUUUGCACAGUGCUUAGUAUCUGGUGCAGUUCUAUUAUUAGCAGCCGGUGGAGGGAUGCCAAUUGGUUUCAGUGCCAUUUUGUUACCACAAUUGGCUGAAGAUAAUGGCACGAUGCACGCUGAUCGGGAACUUGGAUCCUGGAUAGCUUCAGUUCACAGUCUAGCUACCCCUAUUGGGUCUUUAGUUUCUGGUCCAUUAUUGGAUGGGAUUGGGAGACGUGGUGCUCUACAAUUUGCAGCAGUACCACUAUUUGUUGGUUGGUUCGCUAUUGGUUUUGCUAAAACCAUUCCCUGCCUCUUAAUAGGAAGAAUUGUACUUGGAUUUGGUGUUGGUUUAAUGGCAGUACCCGCCCAGGUUAUAUUGGGCGAAAUGGCGGACCCGAGACUCCGUGGAUUCCUAACAGGUGGCACUCUCGCCUUCUAUUGCAUGGGUAUCGUCAUAAUAUACGCCUUAGGGGCUUCUUUUACGUGGCCCACCGUUUCUUUCUGCGGAAUCGUGCUUCCUGCGUUGGCGUUGAUCGCGCUAAUUUUGAUUCCUGAGAGUCCUGCCUGGCUCGUGAGGCAGAACCAACCCGAGAAAGCAAAGAAGGCACUGCUAUGGUUGAGAGGAGAUAACGAGAAACAGGUUGAGGUUGAGAUGGAAAUAUUGCAAGAAAGAGCGAAAGCAGAUCUGGCGAGAAGAGUUGUGGACACGUCACGGAUCGAGCGAAUUUCUUCCGCCAUUUCUACUCUCCUCGACCCUGGUGUUUUAAAGCCAUUGACGAUCAUCAACAUUUUCAACAUUCUGCAAUUAAUAAGCGGGACAUUCGUCAUCGUUUUCUACGCAGUGGAUCUCAUUGAAGAUAUCGGUGGAAACAGAAUAAACAAUUACUUAGCUGCAGUAGUUACAGCAGUUACAAGACUUUUGUUCAGCUCAGUGGCAAGUGUUUUGUUGUUAAAAAUGGGUAGAAGAUGCCUGGGGAUGUUUUCUGCUCUUGGGACGGGCUUCAUUUCAUUAGCCCUCGCGGUGUACAUGUUAGUGAAGGAGGAGUCCUCUAUCGAUAUUUAUGUCGUUGUCACUUUUCUCUUAUUGUACGUGGCAGCCAACACCGUGGGACUUAUGGCACUUCCAGGAUUAAUGGUUGCGGAAUUACUUCCGCAAAGAGCUCGUGGAAUUGCCGGUGGUUGCAACUUCUUCGUUUUCAAUUUACUCAUCUUUGCAGUUACAAAAGUUUUCCCUAUGAUGAGAGACGCAGUAGGCAUUACUGGUGUCUUUAUCAUUUUUGGAAUUUCCGCUUUUCUGGAGGCAAUAUUCAUUUACGUCGCUUUGCCGGAAACAAAAAAUUGCACACUUCAAGAAAUUGAAGAUUACUUCCAACAAGACAACUUAUUUUGGAUCACUCGUUCGAGGGAAAGGAGAAGGAAUGAGCUUAUCAUACGUAAAGCUUAAUUUAUUUAUACUAUGUAAUUUAAAUUAUACAAAUGUGAAUUUACCUUUACUACCUUCAUAUCUUAUACAGCACAUUCGUUACA